UUUCCCAUCAGACUCAGCGUGGGCUGAGAGCCACGGAAGCCACGGGGGAGGGGAUUCAUCGUAAAUCUUGGCAACAGCCGAUUCUUUCCUUCUUUGUUUUCAAACCUUGCCUUGGUCUCCUUUCUUUCCUUUUUUUUUUUUUUUUUUUUUUAAGGUUUUAGUUCUUUAAAGGGGAAGGGAGGGAGAGAGGGGAGAGGGAGAUCAAUGUAUCAAUGUAUGGUUGCCUCUUGUGGGUCCCCUGCUGUGAACUGGCCUGCAACCCAGGCAUGUGCCCUGACUGGGAAUCGAACAGCUCUGGUUCGCAGGCCCGCACUUCAUCCACUGAGCUACACUAGCUAGGGCCCUUGGUCUCCUUCUUAUAGAAUUGAUGGCCGGAGAACAGGCACUCGAGUAUCCUGUCACAGCCACCUGGGUUCUUCCCUGGGGAGCCACCUCGGGAAGAUUUGCUAUCGCUAGGAAAAACUAAGGCAGAAGGAGCGAAGCUGCUUGUUUUUCUCAGGUCUGGUUUGUGAACGAUAACCCUCUUAACCCCCUGCUCCCAGAUUCAGCGUCCCUACUUUGGAUCCCGACUAGGUGCAACCCACUUUCCUAGUGUAAGGCUGGGGGUGGGGCUUGGCUGGGCAGGUCCAGGAUGUGAGAUCCUGGAGGGAAGAAAAGGUGUACUGUUCGGUUUGGUCAGCAGGCUAGGCUGGCUUGUCAGGGCUGGCUGGGCUCUUCGGAACAGGUAAUAAUCCGGGGUCCUGUUCGUGGAAACCACAGAGAUCAGGACGAGGCGAGAUCUCUGCCUGACAGCAUGGAUUUCGGAACCCCUGACCUGCUGGACUUCUGGCUGGAACCCCCAGACGAUGUCUUAACAGGAUCCUUCCUGGAGCUGGGACACCACUGUCCACCUCCAGAGGUCCCAGUGACUAUGCCACAAGAACAGGGCCGGCAAGGCUGCGAGUCCAGUGGGGGCCAUGUCUGUGGCCUUCGAGAGAGUGAGCCUGAAGACCUCCCAAAGCUUUUCAUUGAUCCCAAUGAAGUGUACUGUUCAGAAGCAUCUCCUGGCAGUGACAGUGGAAUCUCUGAGGACCCUGGUCAUGCAGACAGUUCCCCUAUCCCCAAGGCACUCAGUUCCCCUGCCUUCUAUGAGGUUGUUUAUGAGGCAGAGGUCCUGGAGAAGAUGCAGGAGGAAGCUGGGCCAGCUGUAGGGUUCAUCUCCAUUCAGCUAGAUCAGUGGAGCCCACCAUUUAUGGUGCCUGAUGCCUGCACAGUCAGCAAGCUGCCCCUUAAUGCUCAGGCCUGCAUCCAGCCGAGACUAGGCACUGUAAACCCAGUGCUUCCUGCGACCCUGCUGCCCUGUCAAACCUUGUUCCUGACUGAUGAGGAGAAGCGUCUUCUCGGGCAGGAAGGGAUUUCCCUACCCUCUCACCUGCCCCUCACCAAGGCCGAGGAAAGGGUCCUCAAGAAGGUCAGGAGGAAAAUCCGUAACAAGCAGUCAGCUCAGGACAGUCGGCGCCGGAAGAAAGAGUACAUUGAUGGACUAGAAAGCAGGGUGGCUGCCUGUUCUGCACAGAACCAGGAACUACAGAAAAAAGUCCAGGAGCUGGAGAGGCACAACAUGUGUAACUCAUCCUUCUUUCCCAGCUCCUUGGUGACUCAGCUCCGCCAGCUGCAGAUGCUCAUUACUCAAACUUCCAACAAGGCUGCCCAGACCAGCACUUGUGUUCUGAUACUUCUUUUUUCCCUGGCUCUCAUCAUCCUGCCUAGUUUCAGCCCCUUUCAAGCUCUACCAGCAACUGGGUCCAAGGAUUACCAGCCUCAUGGAGUGAUUUCCAGAAAUAUCCUGACCCACAAGAACAUAACAAAAAAUUGGGAGACCCCAAAGACAGAGUCCAGAUUGGGAGGGCUACCUGGGACCAAGGGUGCAAAUGGAUCAACAAGGACACUGCUGGAGAAGAUAGGAGUGAAGCCAGGCCCCACUGGGCACCCCAGAACUGUGCUGCAUGCAGAUGAGAUGUGAGCUGGAACACUUCCCAGCCCACUACCUGGUCACAUAAGGACUCCGGGGCCCCCUGACUCUGCUUCCCCCUGGGAUUCCCACUUAGGGGUCUCUGGCCCCAGGGUCUGAAUCACAUCAGGAUGCCCUAGAUGUCUAUCCUGAGUCUGCCUAUUUGAGGGGGAGCCUCAGAUACUUUUAUGGUGUAUCUAUGAUUUUAUUUCUUCUUUGGAGACAGGAUUGAGAGGAAACAGAAGGUUUCACUGAGAAAUAAACUUCUUUUUUUUUGCUGAAAUGUUAUUCCAGAAUUUUAAAUAAGUAAAAUUCUACUUAUAUAAGUAGAAGAGAAGGAAGACAUGUACUUGAUAAACUAGGGCCUAAAGUUCCUACCCCUUU